UUGUUGUUGAUCAGAUCCAAUUAGUAUCAAGGGCGGACCUCCAUUACCCUCUCUCUCUUUCAGAACGAGACUCACAACCAAAGAUGUCGUCUUCCAAGCCUUUACGUGCCGCCGUCGGGAUGAUAAGGAGCCGCAUGACCUCCUCCAUCCGCACUCGCAGCGGAGGAGACGGACCUAGCCGCUGGUCCACUCCAGGCCACCAGGAGCGUCCAAAUGGCUACCUCUUCAAUAGGACACCGCCGCCACCAGGUCAGUCGAGAACUUGGGAGGACUGGGAGUUACCCUGCUACAUCACCAGCUUCCUCACCAUCGUUAUCCUCGGCGUUGGUCUUAGCGCCAAGCCUGAUCUCACUAUUGAAACCUGGGCGCAUCAGAAAGCCCUAGAACGUCUCGCUGCUGCAGUAUCCGAUGAUUCCGACUGAUCUGGAUCGUACUGUCCAGUUUCAAUUGAUCCUUGUUGCUUUGGCUUUGUCAGUGAAGAUAAAAUAAGAUUUUCAACUCAUGCUAUGAUUAUAAAACCUUGUUUAUUUCAUAAUUUCAUAUGCCGUGGAUUCAUGGUUACGUUAUUCUAUUACAAUUUCUGUUUCUAUAAUGGAAUGAUGGAAUGAUCUCUUUUGAA